AUGUUUCCCAGAUUCUUUUUGAGAUCCUCUAUGUCCAAUUUUUUCCGCGCGGGUGCGACAAAGUCACCCUUGCGUAGAACUUUUAUUAUAGGCGCCACAGCAGGGUUUGCUGUUUCUGCUAUUGUGCCACCAGCGCUUAGUCUCUGGAAACAGUACCGGGUGCCAAUUCGCAACGAUUCUCCCGCCACCACUACACAAUCUCUUUUCCCCACUGUUUCUGUUUUGAACGUUGAUUCUGGGGCUUUGAAUGGAAACAACGGUACGGAAACUACUGCUGCAACUAAUGGGUCUAAAGGUGGAUUGCAACGGGUUCUUGUGUAUGAGCAACUGACGUUGGGAUCCAUGACUGGAGCACUUGCAGGUUACGUGCUGGGAAAACUGUCCAAGGCACUUGUUGUUUUAUUCAUUUCCGGAUACUUGGCUUCACAAUUUUUGUACUCGAGAGGAAUUGAAAUCCCAGGACUUACUGCUUCGCAUUUGUCGCAAGUGGUUGUUGCUUGGGGUCGUGAGAAAAUGUCUCUUAAGGAACUUGUUAUGAACCAGCCUUCAUUUAAGGUUUCUUUUGUGACUGCGUUUUUGGUUGCUGCUGCUUACGCCUGA